AUGCCUCCGGGUGGGGCGCUUGAUAAGCUCUUCUUGCAGUUUCUCACUGGGUGUCGCUCACUAUCAACACAAUUCUCACAUUUGAUGCCCCGCAAAAGAAAAGUCCCCGGCGCCGCCCGCGCUGGUCCCAAUGGAUCAACACCCGCGACACCUGCAUUGGUCACUCAGCAAUCAUUGACCAAAAGUUCAUCCAUUCCCGAGACUCAAGGAGGGGUGGCCGUGGACUCGCAACAAGGUGGUAUGCAAGGUCCAUGGAGGCCCUAUAAAGGUCGUUGGGACGCAAAGGUAGCAUACCGGGACAAUCGCGCCGAGGCACCACAGCAUAAAAAUGCAAAUGGCGGCCAAUCCUUACGGCGAGGGCGUCAGUGGCAGCAGACAAAAGGCUCUGGUCAACAAUCGAAUGGACAGACGCAGUUAUACAGUGGCCAACCAGGAAGGUCGCUCUCCCCGCGAAGAGAUCUUCCCCCGCAGUCAUAUCAGCCGCAGAAUAACGACCCGAAUGCGUUCUCAAUGAGCAAUGUUCUGGCUGAUUACUCCUUUUGGAACCCAUUUGCCAUGUUUGGUGGCAUCUCAAUGCCCAUGGACCCCUCAAUCUUUGCACAACAGCAAUCAUUUUUCACACCAAAUAUAUCGGAGCAGUUGAUGCAGUCGCAAUUCCUGCAGCAGCAGCCACUGGAUCAGCCUUUACCGAAUCUUCCAUUUACUCCUUUACCAGGUGGCGGCGGCCCAUACAUGCCUAUGCGGCCAUUCCUACCACCCUCGGUGGCCCCUAUGAAUUUUGGCCCGGACCACCCCCCAGUGCCCAGCCCUGCUGGCCUUGUCGCAAGUCCUCCAGUCCAUCCCAUUCAAAGUCAAACAGGGCCCGUCCAUACCAGAAAACGGCCUGUUCCAAAACUCCCUUCAGCAACGGAGAACUACCUUCACCAAUCAUCUCUACCGCCGACAUCAACAUCGACCCCGCAACCUCUGCUUGUAAUCCUCGAUUUGAAUGGUACUUUGAUAUUCCGCAAAACCCGCAAAUUUCCGCCAUCGUUCUCGCGGAGAGUCGGCUUAGACGACUUUUUAAGCACCUUGAUUGAAAAGUACAAGGUCAUGAUCUGGUCGAGUUCUCAGCCCCCAACGGUCGACGCAGUCUGCCGGAAGCUUUUCUCCGAGCCCAAGCGGAAAGAGCUAGUUGCUGAAUGGGGUCGCGAUAAGCUCGGUCUCUCAAAAUCAGAGUACAACAGCAAAAUUCAGGUCUACAAAACACUUGAAACAGUCUGGUCCAGCAAAGACGUCCAAGCUUCUUACCCGAGCAACGAAGCUUCCGAAUUCAAUGAUACCACAUCAGCUGGUGCUCGCUGGGACCAAACCAAUACAAUUCUCAUCGAUGACAGUAAACUCAAAGCCGUCAGCGAACCAUAUAACCUCAUUGAGAUACCCGAAUUCACCAACGCUCCAGGCGUCGACGAAUCCUACAUCUUCCCCAAAGUCCUGCAGCUCCUCGAUAUUCUCGCCAGGUGUGACGAUGUGAGCAAAAUGCUUCAUGUCUGGGACUCUAGGGCGUCCAACACAGGCAUCAUCAAUCUCGACAUCAAGUCUCUACAUCUCGAGCCAGGGGCGAGUCUGGACCCGCAACAUGACGUAAAGGUUGACCCAGCACAAGCCCGUUUAGACAAACGUAAGUCUCGGAAAAGGGAGAAAAAGGCUGCGAAACAGGCGGCCGCAAUUGUUGCUGCAAAGGCAGCUGUUAUGGCCCAGGGAAACAGCCAGACUCAGGAUCAUCAAUCGACCCUUGCAACACACACAGAGUCAAUCGAGUUCCAAGAGCCUUCAUUACCCUUGAACCCGAACCACUCAGAGGCAAAGGAAAGGUCUGUCUCUCCAGUCUCGGUCCAGUCCGAGAACUUUCUCUUGGACCGGCUGGAGGAGUCCCUGAAUUCGCGAUGA